AUGCCUGUAAUAUCAGAUCAAAACAUGUCUACUAAAGAGCUAAAAAAUAACAUAAAGGUUUUAGCGGCAAAUUCGCAUCCUGAAUUAGCUCUGGCUAUAUGCCAAAGGUUGAAGACACCACUUUCGAAUAUCGAAGCUAUCCAAUUCGACAAUAAUGAAAGCGCUGUUGUUAUCCAAGAUUCGGUAAGAGAUGAAGAUGUAUACAUUGUACAAACUGGAUGCGGUGGUUUUGAGAAAUUGAAUGAUUACUUGAUGGAGUUGUUAAUGAUGAUCCAUGCAUGUACCCAAGCAUCUGCUAGGAAUAUCACAGCUGUUAUUCCUAACUUUCCCUAUGCAAGACAAGAUAGAAAGGAUAAGAGCAGAGUCCCAAUCAGUGCUAAGUUGAUUGCCAAUCUCUUGACUACUGCUGGCUGUAACCAUGUCAUCACGAUGGAUUUGCAUGCUUCUCAAAUACAAGGUUUUUUCAGUAUACCUGUUGAUAAUCUAUAUGCUGAACCAAUUGUUCUUAAAUGGAUUAAAGAUACCUACAAAGUCACUGCUGAUAUAAUGAUGGUUUCUCCAGACGCCGGAGGUGCUAAGAGAGUUGCUUCGUUGGCUGAUAAGUUGGAUACACAAUUUGCAUUGAUUCAUAAAGAGCGUGCCAAGGCCAACGAGGUUAGUAGAAUGGUGUUAGUAGGUGAUGUUAAAGAUAAGUGCUGUAUUUUAGUCGAUGAUAUGGCCGACACUUGUGGUACUUUGUGUAAAGCUUCUGACAUUCUCUUAGAAGAAGGUGCAAAGGAAGUUAUUGCUAUUGUCACACAUGGUAUAUUUAGUGGUACUGCAAUUGAUAAAUUGAACAACAGUUCAUUAAAAAAGAUCAUAUGCACAAAUUCUAUGCCUUUAAGCGAACAUGUUAAAGCAUGCCCUAUUUUGGAAAUUCUGGAUAUAAGUCCUAUCCUAGCAGAAGCUAUUAGAAGAUUGCAUAACGGAGAAUCGAUCUCCUAUCUUUUUAAUAAUGUUGUUGUUUGA